AUGCAUUUUAAACAUAUCCGUGUAGAAUUAUCAGGGGGGAAAGCCGUUAAAAGCUACAUACUUAAUAUGGCACUACCAACUCAAAGCCUUGGUAUCAAACAACCAAAUCUAAGUAUAUAA